AGAGCCAAUUUUUUGACUUACGGGGCAAACCAGCCGGGGUGGCCAUCCCGGUUUCGAGGGCGAGCGCGCGAUGAGAAGGACUGCCACUUGCUGGGCACGUUCGACUUGUCCGGCAUCCCGCCAGCGCCGCGCGGCGUGCCGCAGAUCGAGGUGACGUUCGACCUGGACGCGAACGGCAUCCUGAACGUGUCCGCGGAGGAGAAGGGCACCGGCAAGCGCAACCAUAUCACCAUCACCAACGACAAGGGCCGACUGAGCAAGGACGAGAUCGAGCGCAUGGUGAACGAUGCGUCGAAGUACGAGCAGGCCGACAAGAUGCAGCGCGAGCGCGUGGAGGCGAAGAACGGCCUGGAGAACUACGCGUACUCGAUGAAGAACACGGUCUCCGACACGAACGUGUCCGGCAAGCUGGAGGAGAGCGACAGGUCCGCGCUGAACUCGGCGAUCGACGCGGCGCUGGAGUGGCUGAACAGCAACCAGGAGGCGUCGAAGGAAGAGUACGAGCACCGCCAGAAGGAGCUGGAGAGCACAUGCAACCCGAUCAUGACCAAGAUGUACCAGAGCAUGGGCGGCGGCGCGGGCGGCAUGCCCGGCGGUAUGCCGGACAUGAGCGGCAUGGGCGGUGGUGCGGGUCCGGCCGCCGGAGCCUCCUCCGGCCCCAAGGUCGAGGAGGUCGACUAG